AUGGCGAUCUUGAUCUAUCUUUUCUGGUUUUCUUUCCUCACAUUCUUCUCCUUUAUCUUUCUUAAAAAGAACAGAAACCCUAAAUCGAAAUUGCAACCUCCUCCGGGCCCUCCGAGUUUUCCGAUCAUCGGAAACUUGCACCUGCUCCAGGGAUUGCCUUACAGAUGCUUUCACCAGCUCUCGCUCAAGUAUGGUCCCGUGAUGCUUCUCCGUCUAGGGUUUGUCCCAACGGUUGUGGUCUCCUCCCGAGAAGCAGCCGAAGAAGUUCUCAAGACGAAUGAUCUUGAGACAUGUAGCCGACCAACGUUCGCAGGGCCAGACAAACUAUUGAAUGGCAGUAUAGACAUCACUUUUGCACAGUACAAUGAGUCGUGGAAAGAGAAUCGUAAAGUCGCAAUGAUGGAGCUUUUAAACAUUAAGAAGGUACAAUCUUUCCGCUACAUCAGAGAAGAGGAGAUGGAUUUCUUGGUGAAGAAAGUAUCGGAAUCGGCUUUGCAACAAUCUCCUGUGGAUCUAACCAAAACCUUUUUCUUCAUCACCGCAAGCAUCAUGUGCAGAUCAGCUUUAGGACAAAACUUGCACGAGAGGGAGGACAAGAUCGAAGAACUCGUUAUUGAGACCGCUUUAACUUUAGAUUGUUUUCGUUUUUCGGACUCUUUUCCUUGCAGACUAGGAUGGUUCCUAGACUGGUUGUUUCAAAUGAACAAGAGGCUAAACAAAGUGUGUAAGAAGCUUGAUGCUUUUUGCCAGCUAGUGAUCGACGAGCACUUGAAGCCAGAUGGAAAGAAAACUAGAGAUCCUCCUGCACAUAUUGUUGCCGGAUUGUUCAACAUGAUCGAGAAGCAUGGUCAUCGAGAUUCUUCCAAACGCAAUAUGGAUCAAAUCAAGGCCGUACUCGUGGUCAAACCUUAUAUCAUUAUCUACGAUUUAUUUCUUGGAGGAAUAGAUAACGGUGCCAUAACCUUGAUUUGGGUGAUGGCGGAGCUCAUGAGAAACCCUAGAGUGAUGAGAAAGGCACAAGAUGAGAUCCGAACCAUCCUAGGGAGCAAGAGGGAGAGAAUCACCGAAGAAGACAUAGACAAAGUUGAAUACGUGAAGCUCAUAAUCAAAGAAUCAUUCAGACUACAUCCACCACUUCCACUUUUGGUUAGAAAAACUAGGUCUCACGUCAAGAUCCAAGGCUACGACAUUCCACCAGAUACAAGCAUCAUGAUUAAUAUAUGGAAGAUCGCACGAGAUCCCAAGCAUUGGGAAAGCCCUGAAGAUUUCAUUCCCGAACGGUUCAUCGACAGUUCUAUAUAUUACAAAGGACAAAACUUUGAGCUCUUGCCUUUUGGUUCUGGUCGGAGGAUCUGUCCAGGAAUUGCAAUGGCUAUUCCUAUCUUAGAAUUGGGACUCUUGAAUCUGCUUUACUUUUUCGAUUGGAGAUUGCCAGAUGGGAUGAUCGAUCAAGGCGUUGAUAUGGAAGAAAACGGCACUAUCUCUGUUGGCAAGAAACGACCUCUCCUCCUUGUGCCAAGAAUUUGGACCAUUAUCCAAGGCUAUGAUGUUCCCGCCAAAACCCAGAUCUUUAUCAACGCUUACGCGAUUGCACGCGAUCCAAAAUACUGGGAAAAACCGGAUGAGUUUAACCCGGACAGGUUUCUGGACUGUUCCAUAGAUUACAAAGGACUAAAAUUUGAGCUUAUACCGUUUGGUUCCGGUAGGAGAAUCUGUCCAGGGAUGGCGACGGCGAUCUCCAUUAUGGAACUGGGUUUGUUGAAUUUGCUUUACUUCUUCGACUGGGGUUUGCCGGAGAAGGACGAAGGUGAAGAGAUCCUCACCGGAAAUGAAGAUGCUCUUUAA